GACAUGUCACAGUAUAACCUCCAGACGCUAAUUUCUGUCAACUUGCGCCGGUUCGGAAGCUAGCGUUUUAAAAACACUUUGUUUGUGACAUGUUUAUCGGCUGAUAGGUACCAUUCAGCGUCUUUCAUUGAGCAAUUUGUCGGAACGUUGGCACCUGUCUCUCAACUCGUGAUCUAACGGGGGGGAAAAUGUUCAAUCCGCAUAUCCAUCAACAGCAGCAGCAACAUCAGAUUCAGCAGCACCUGCGGCAGCUACAGCAACUUUUCCAUCAGCAACAGCAGCAACCUCCGCCUGCGCCUCCGCAGCCCGCUCAGGGCCAUCAUGUUGCACAUCACCACCCCCAGGCACCACGACCCAUGCCUGUACCUCCCCAGUCAGCACCUCAUCCCAGAAUGGUCAGGAUGUGCCAGGCAACCCAGACUACCAUCAUUGCACCCAAUCCGAUGCUGCAGGGGGCUAUACUGAUGCAACAAAUGCAGGGUAACAUGCGGAGCUUUGGGAUGGGGGGGCAGCAGUUUCGCCAGUUUUUCGCAGCGGGGGCCAGGUCAUCCCUGCUAGGGCCUGUUCCCAUGGGUGUUGCCAUGAAGUCCCCAGUCAGGGGUUUCCCAGGUCCUCGAUCCUAUCACCCCCCUGCUCGUUACUACAAUAAUACCACAUCCUCAUCAUCGUCCUCAACGGCCACUUUGGUAAUUAUAGCAGCAGACACUGCAGCUCGCCAGCCUGACAGGAAGAGGGACAUGGAGCACAUGGUCACAGGGAGUACAGAUGAACAACCAGCAGCGAGCAGCACCGUUGAAGCUGAAGAACAGACUGAAACAGAUGUUGCCAUGGCAGAGACGGACAAACCCACGCAGCCCUCAGAGGAGUAUCAUGAGGAACCUGUAGUGAAGAAGCAGAGGACAGAGGGGUCAGAGUACAUAGAGCAGACUGCUGCUGAUGCUUCCACUGUUGUGGAAACUGAUGACAAAGGUGUUUCUCCUGAGUAUGUCAUCAGUGCUGAGGAGGGCCAGCCUGAAGACUGUAUCCUUUUGGAGGAAGGAAGCUUCACAGGAGGAUUAGAUGCUGCUGAGACAGGAGAGGAGAGCAGAGCUGCUGAGGUGCAAAGUUCAUCAGCCCCGUCACCAAACAGCACAUUGAGGAAAGCAAACCAGGCGGCUGGAGUACCCCCAGAGGGACGGGGACUGGGAAAAAAUGUCCCAUUGUCUUCAGAAGAAAACCUGGAAGAAGGCGAGGAGGGAAUCGUGGAGGGUGGCAGCAAAUUCUACUGCUACCUUUGCAGCAUCACCUGCUUUAACCAGCAAAACUUCAGGAGUCAUAUGAACAGUGUUUCCCACCAGCAGAGGAUGAUGGAGAUUCAGCACAUGAGCAAUGCCUGCCUUGUCAGCCUGUUGCCACGACUGCAGGAGUCUCUUCUGGGAGCACAAAAAGAUGGAGAGAAAAAGUCGGCCUUAAAGCGUUGGUGUGUCACCUGUCAGACUCACUUCACCUGUAGUGUCAUGGAACACCGUCGCACUGAGGACCACAAAUUUGCCACUCGAACAACCACCUCCUCCUGCUCAGUCUGCAAGAAACACUUCAGGACCUCCCAGGUUUACGUGGAGCACUUGCAGUCUCAGGAGCACAGGUGGAAAGUGGAGAAGCUUGAAGAAAAGGAGAGCUCUGAUACUUUGGCCAAGCUUUCAUCCAUGGACACAGAAGGCUGUUCAGUGGAAGAUGAAGACAAUGAAGAGGAGGAGGAGGAGGGGGAUGGUGAAGUGGUAGAGGAAGACGAAGGAGACCAACAAUGCUCCAACCAACAGGGUGGUUGGUCUUCUGUAAAAGAAGCGUCUGUGAAGGAGAUGGCCAGUGAUGAAGAAUAUGACCCUGACACAAUCUACGGAUCUGGUUUUUUGGUUCCAGUAGCAGGUGUUAUAUGCCGACUCUGCAAAAAAUUUUACUGCUUUGAGUCGUCUGCCUCACACUCCCACUGCAAAUCCAUGAAGCAUUUUGAGAACCUCAAGAAGUACAGAUGUGUGCUCAGUGAAAAGGGUGCAGCUGUUGAAUCCCACAAGGAACCUGUCUUAACUGACCUCGGGCCUGAAGCAGAUCCCAGCACAGACUAUUCAGAUGAAAAUUCCCUCUUUGACACUGGUUUGCUCACCAGUCACAUGACAAAGCAGCCCACGAUCGCACUCGAGCAUGAGAGUAUGCGGAUACUCACGCCGCAACAAGCAGAUUCUGAUUCAGCCUCACUAGACUUCAUCUCUGCCUCAGCAAACACUACUGGUAUCAAAGACCAGGACUUCAGCCUCAACAGUGAGGCGGAAGAGACCACAUUCCAGUCUGUGGAGCAGGAGAGUGCAACGGAACAGGCUGCUAGCAGCAGUCAGGACCCAGAUGGCGAGCCAGCAGCUACUGGUGAAGAUCCUAAUGAAGAGGAGAAGGGCUCUUCCAUUGCCGCCAAAGACAACUACACAGGGAAGGCAAAAGGUCCAGGCAAACGCAGGUCUGGAAGGGCCACAAACAGGCGCUAACUCCAACAAAAAAGGGAGGAGGAUGGGGGCAUGGAACAAACAGAAACCUGAUACAAGUGCAGCCUGAUUGCAGGAAGAAGGUCAGACCUGCUUCACAGUGUUGUUGCUGAAUCUCAGAUUAUACAACCACAAAUACAAUAAUACAUCAGUGGACAAUUGUUCAACACAAAAUUACUCAUUUGUGUGAUUUGCUGUCAAACUGUGAGAAAAGUCGCACCUGUUGCCGGUCAAAAACAGGUGAAAAUUACAAGCCUCCUUGUAGGGCAGUAACCCAGUCCAGGGUCAUUGUUCCGAGUGGAUGAUUUUUUUUAUUUUUUUUAAGUAAUUAGAUAACAGGGAUCUGACAGAAAUGACAUUAGUACAUGUGUGUUACAUCAGCUCAGCUUAUUCUUUCCAAAAUUUGCAAAACGCCUUUUGAGGGUGGGGUCCACAGCCCCCCCCCCCCCCCCCUUAAUUAAUGCUUUUUAAAAAAAAUUCCCAUCCCAUUAUCAAAAAAACAAACAAACAAA